UGCCCGCUGCACUGAGCGGGCUCGUCCCGCGUCCCGCACCACCGGCCUGGGCUCUGCGGGGCGGGGCGGACCCGCCACGUGGUUCCGGGUCGCGGAAGAUGGCGGCGCCCAUGGAGCUGUACUGCUGGGCGGCCGGCUGGGGGCUGCCGUCCGUGGACCCCGACUGCCUGACCGUGCUGACCUACGCGCGGUUCACGGAGGCGCCGCUCAAGCUGCACAAGCUCAGCAACCCCUGGAGGAGCCCCGCAGGACGGUUGCCGGCGCUGAAGACGAGGGAGGAAGGGGUUUUGUCCAAGACGCAUGAGAUCAUCACACACCUCAGGAAACAGAAGUACAAUGCAGACUACGAUCUCUCAGCCAGGCAGGGGGCCGACACCCUUGCCUUCAUGUGCCUGCUGGAAGAGAAGCUGCUGCCGGCACUGAUCCACACGUUCUGGGUGGACGCCGAGAACUACGUGGUGCACACACGGAAGUGGUACGCAGAAGCCACCCCCUUUCCUCUCAACUUCUUUCUGCCCAACCGCAUGCACAAGCAGCGCCUGGAGCAGCUGCAGCUGCUCUGCGGGGAUGACUGCCUGGAAGACGAGGAAAGGCUAGAGAAGCUGUACCACGAAGCCCGGGAGUGCCUGACACUCCUGUCCCAGCGCCUUGGGGCCCAGAAGUUCUUCUUCGGAGACUCGCCUGCUUCCCUGGACGCCUUCGUCUUCAGUCACCUGGCACCACUGCUCAAAGCAAAGCUGCCCAAUGGCAAACUGCAGCAGCACCUGAAGUCCCUGGAGAACCUGUGCAACUACUGCACCUCCAUCCUGAGCCUCUACUUCCCCUGGGACAGCGAUGCUGCCUCAAGGGCACUCACAGUGGAUGUCUCCUUGCCAGGCGAUCCCCCGGCUACUGCUCCCCGGCCCCCGGCCCCUGAGGGCAGCGACUCCGAGGAAGAUCCACACAAGUGGCGCAACCAGAUCUUGUCGGUGCUGGUGGCCCUGGGCGCCAUGAUCAGCUACGCCAUGUUGAGUGGUAUCGUCUCCAUCCCGUGGACAGAGCCCAGCCUGCCUGGCCGCUGGCCCAUCUCCCUGGAGGAGGAGGAGGAAAAGGAGUGAGGUGCUGGCCUCUGGCCACUGCUCUCAGGGCUUUGGUUCUCACCGACUGGUGUCACUUGAACGGACUUUUGUAUGGCGCUGGGCACCGCGCAUUGUGCUGGUCAAGGGCAUGAUAUGGUCCCAGCCCCCUCCUGCAUUCCUGAGCGGUGCCCAGCCACCGCCAUCCAUAGCGCCCACAAGGUGCUGGGAGCCCCAUUAAACCUACGUUCUUUCUGCAGGGUA